AAAUUAUGGUUUAAUAUUGACACCAUCGAGAAAAGAAAAUCUUUACGUCGAGCCACACUUAUCGUUUCGUUCUUUAAAAUUUGACAACGACAAAGGUAAAGAAAUAUUAUGUCGAUGUAAAUAUUGUUCGUAAAUAAUCGAUCGAUUUGAUGAAAAAAAAUUUCUGUCACAAUGAAACAUAAAAAAUCCUUUGGUUUGGUUAAACAUUCAAAUGAUAUUGAUUCAUCGAAAUAUUGGGUAUCUGGUGAAGAAUUCUUUCGAACGCCAUCAAAGAAAUACAAGGACGAGUCAGAUGAUCGUCGUAAAAACUCGAAUAUUCUUCAAUGGCGUCAUUGUAUAGAUUCGAAUAAUACGAAACUAUUAGACGAUGAUUUUCUUUUACCAACUCGAAAGAAAAGUGACGAUAUCGAAUCGUAUAUAUUGAAAGACAUAAAAAAAAAUUCAAAUAAAGGUGAUACCAAUUUUCUCGAUCUAUUCGAAUUACCAUUUUAUCGACCUGAAUCAGAAAAUACUGACUAUAAUACGAAAAGUAAGACAGAGAUAUCGUCGAAAGAUUUAAUUAAAGAAGAAAAAGAAAAAGAAGAUGAUGAUGAAGAUGAUUUGAAUGAAAUAUUCAAUUGGAUAAAUGAUUUCGAAAGAACGAGAAAAAAGCUUUAUUCCAAUGGUAAUAUUUCAAAGGAUUUCGACGAUAAAACAAAAGAAAAUUCUUUGAAAAAUUCAUUACGUUCCAAUUUCUCAUUUGUUACGAAGGAUUUCAACGAAACGAACCGAACAAAUCCGAAUAAGGACGUUUCGAAAUCGAACGAAACCGAAGAUAGCCGAUGUUAUAUCUCCGAAUCUUUGAAAGAACACAAGGACGUAGUAUUAUCGAAUAUUAGAAAAACAAAUUCCCAAGAUCAAUCGAAUCGUUGGAUCAUAGAAAAUAUUUCUGAUAGAGUUACGCCAAAGGAUAUAUCAUCGAAAUUGAGAAAUUCAAAUCGGCUCGUUUCAAAUACCGCCAAUGUAUACAAUCAUAUUUAUUUAUCGUCAAAAUAUUCAAAAAAAUUUCUUGACAUAACGAAGUUAAUUAAAUUAAUGCGAAAAUUUGCACGUGUUAGUCGUAUUAGACGAAGAAUAUUCAAACGAACAACUAACAAUAGAUCGACGAAUCGUUUGUCCAUUGUUCGUAUGAGAAAUCAUUCGUUAUUUUUCAAUGAUUCUGAUGAUUUGAAGAAAAACGUUUGUGACACUUUGGCGGGAAUUAAAGAGGAAUUGUCGGACAAUUUACGACGGGUUAAAAAGCUACGUGAAAAAUUACCAAAUUUUAAUGUCAUUCGUUCUAUUUCUACGCCGGAAGUCGAUGAAACUUUGAACGAAAUUAUAACGAGAUGUAAAAAUUAUAUUCGUGAUAAUAAUUAUUGUGAAGAGGCCAUAACAAAAAUGAAUGAUUUAUUAACGAAAAGUGUUAACGAUCUUCAAAAAAUUGUGAAGGAGGAAAAGCUCGUUCUCUCUAAGAAAACUUUAAGAAAGCCCAUAGAAGAACAAUAUUAUAAACAUUUAGAAUCUAUUCAGGGAAGGCAAGAUUUUCCAAAAAAUGACAUUAAGCAAAUAUUAAAUGGCAGGAAGAAAAUGAUUGAUAGAAAAAAUAAAGUGAAGGGGUUAAUAAAUGAUAUGUUACGUUUAACCAAUGAUAUUUCUACUGUAGAAGGUGAUAAAGAAAAUAUUAAAAAGCCUGUCAAUCGUAAAACAAAUGUUUCAGAUAAUAUGAAAACUAGACAAUCAAACAAUAGAUUGGAAAUGAAAAUGAAUCGUGGUGAAAAGAUUAAAUCGAGUACGAUUAAGAAUGUAGAUCAAAUGGCAAGUGAAAUGAAUUUUAUUUCUAAAAAAUUUCAAACUGCUUCUUCAUCUUCAAGUUCAUCAUUUUCGAAUGUUAGAAAAAACAAACUGGUUAGCUUUAAGAAAGAUAAAACAUUGAAAGAGAAUCAAAAUCGUUCAGAAAGGCCGAUUGUUUGUUAUCAACAAUUAAAAAGUUUAGAAAAGACAAAAGAAUCGGCACGUACGAUUUCAAAUAUUUCUUUCAAUAAUAACAAAGAAAAGGUUAAGAAUAAUGUUUGGACACGUUUGGAAACUGUUCAACCAAUUCAAGAUAAGAAAAGUAAUGAAGUGUGCGAAAAAAAAACAAGAAUGUCAUCGUCGAUCUACGUUAUCGACAAGCAUCAUGAUCGAUCGAAGAAAUCUAAUGAUAUCCGUUUAAAGCGGCAAAUCAACGUUCAACCAGUUUGGAAACCAGGCGGCACCGUUAAAUCCUUUGCUUCUAAUCCAACGUUUCGAAAUAAUGAACCGAUUAAUCGUCGUACGUGGCAGCAACGUUUUGAAAAAGACAAUCAAGAAAUAAAAAAAUCAAUCGUUAAUCCAUCAGAGCCAACAAUCUCGAACAGAAAUAAUCUCUUUAAGGAGUAUCGAAGGAAUGACAAUUUUGGCGAAAAAUGUGUAACUGAUUUGUGCGAAUUACUCGCAGAAAUAAGAAUAACGCAGAAGGAAUUAAAAGACAAUAGUAAUAUAUUAUCCGAAACGCAUUCCUCUCCGUAUAAUCAAUCACAAAUACCAUUAUCGAAUACAUCCUUGACAAAGGUCCGAGUUAAUAGUGACGAAUUAUAUUCGAAGAAAGAGAAAUCUGAAUCUAAAUCACGUCCAGGUAUACCUAAAUUAAAUCCAUUGAAAGUCGCGUUUAAAGAUAAACAUGAUGAUAAGUUAUCAGUUACGCAUAAUUCUUCUAAUACAAAUAUUUCUACGGAAAUUUUCACGAAAGAUUAUGAGAAAAGGGAGGAAAAUGAGAAAAUUUCAUGUUCUAAUGAAAAAAAUGAUAAUAGAAAUUUGUCAUCGAUGAUUUUAUUAGAAGUUCCUGAUAAAUGCCCUAUAAUUCCAUCCACUGAAUAUAAAAAUCAUGAAAUUGACGAAGAGACAAUGAAUGAAAAUAUUAAAGAAAAAUCGUUUAACGAAAAAUUACAUUCAUCUAAUGAAAAAAUUAUUAAGACAGAUGAUACUUCAGAAAAGUCUAUAUUAAAAAGUAAUAUCAAUUUGGAUCAUGAUACAUUAUCAAUCGAGAAUCAACCAAGUUUAAUAUCUUUUAAAAAUAUAAACUGUAAUCCUGAAUUAAAUUCAAUAUCUACUUUAAUAACUAUGGUAACAUCAUCAAAAUGUUGUCAAUUAUCGUGUCCGUCUUCGUUAUCGUCAAAAACCAAUUUUAUUUUCGAACAGUCUAUCGGAAAAAAGAAAACUAACGAAAUCGACAAGGAUUCUUUAGAAAAUUCGACCGAUGAUAAUGACGAGGAAAAUGAAUUUAAAUUUAAUGAAUUAAAUGAUCGAAUUAAAAAAGAUUCUGAUUUAAUUGAAGAUAAGAAGAAACAACAUCAAACGUCUUUGAAUUUAUUAUCGAAUAUUUUAUGUUCUUCAAAAUCUUAUGCUUUAACAAAUAAAUUUGAGGAAGAUCAAAGUAAAUUAGAAUAUUCAAAUAUUAGAAAUGAUAUUUCGAGGGAUUCUUUGAACAAUGUUUCUAUUGAUUCGAAAUCAGACGAUGAUAAUGAUCAAGAGAUAAAAUCAAUAAAAAAUGUUCGAUCCAAAGAUAAUGACGAAACGAUCGUAUGCAUAAUCGACGAAAAGAAAUGUAAAAGUUCACAAACUAUAACGGAUAAGAAAUCAUUUUGCGAUGCUUAUACUAACGUCGAGGAUACAAAAUCUAAUUGUAUUAAAUAUGUCGAUAGAAUAGUUCCUUCUUCCAAUGAUAUUGAUUUGAAAAUAUCAUUGAAGGAUGUUGCUACGGAAAUUCUUUCGCGAGAUCAAUCGACAUUAUUAUUAACAGAAAUGAACGAAUGUUCGUCUACGGAGAAAAAUUGUGCUACUGAUUUAAUUAUAAAUUCUUCGAACGAUUGCAACGAAAUUAAGACCAUUAUUAACGUUGAGUCAAAAUCGGUAUACACGUGCGAGGAAAAAGAUUUGGAUCAUAAUGAUCGAUGGGUCAUGGAAACCGUAGAUUUAUAUUGUGAACAACCUAAUGACAAUCUACCAAUAUCAAUAGAAAAAUGUAAAGUAGAAAAUAAUGAUUCUAAUGAUCCUAAUGAUCGAUGGGUCGCGGAAACCGUAGAUUUAUAUUGCGAACAACCUAAUUACGAAAAUGACUUUAAAGAGGAUAAAAAUGAAUUAAAUAAAUCAUCUGAAUCGAAAAUAAAUAAUAAUGUCGCUAUUGAAAGAUCUAUGUUAUCGGUAUCAUUGAUUGAUGAAUUGAAAGGUAUCAAAGAGCAAUUGGAAAACGUUGAUAUAAAAUUGAAUAAAUUACAGGAAACUACAAAUGAUGCUAAUGAUGCAUUUUCUCGUAUUAACAUAACUAAUAUACCAUUUGAUUCUAAUAUCAAGGAAAUAAUAUCUGUUUCAUCGAAUGAUUUAUCAGAAUUGUCCACUAUAAAAAAUGUUAUGAUCGAUGAUCAAUCAUCUUCUUCGACGAUAGAGUCAUCUUUAUCUUCUAAUUCUUUCAAACGAUCAUCGAGUAUUUCGCAAGAACGUCCUUUCGAACGUUUUAAUAUAAAUUUCAAUGAAAUCAAUGAUGUAACAGAUGUUUUUCAAAUGACAUCUUGUUAUUCGAAAAAUGUAUGCGACGCCAUUAAAAUCUAUAAAGAUAAAAUGAUCGUUAAUAAUCAAUCGGACGAAUGUAAAAAAAGUUCAUCGAAAAAGUCAUUCGAGGAAUCUAUAGGAUAUUUUGAAAAAGAUCCUAAAGAAUUUGACGAACAAUUAACUUGUGAAUAUUUUAAUAAAAAUUGUUCUCGUUCUUACGACAAUAAUAAUUUUAAUGACGAUGACAAGGAAAUGAUUAGUAUUAAAAGUAAAUCAUCUUCUGUCGAACAUAUUUUUUAUGAAUUAAGAACAACUGAUUAUUCAUCAUCCGCCGAUGAAUCUGACAAUGCUGAAAGUUUCGUGUGUCUUUCGAUUAAAAAUUCUAAUGAUAUGCAAAAGAGAGAAACGAAAACAAUAUCAAACUCCAUUGGGAAAGUAUCGUCAAGUGUUUUGAGUAUAAAAGAUCAACGUUUAGAGAUAAUGAAAUGUUUAGAUAAAGAAACUAAUUUUACAUAUUGUAACGAACAAACAGAAUCGAAUGAUUUUCAUGAUUUAAUUAUUUCUAGAGAAGGCUUGCUUCUUCUUAUAUAUUUUACUAUAUGUUCCAUUGUAUUUUUUUGUUUCAACUUUUCUAUCACCUGUGAAUCAUGGUUUAUUUCCUAAACGUUUAUUUAGUUAAUAAAUAAUUAAUUUUAUUUUUGUUCUUACAGAGGUCUCGUUAUAUUUUUAUUUGUUAGAUUUCUUUCUAACGUAUUAUCUUUCACGUUU